AUGGCGGACUUGUUUGGCCUGUUGACCUCCUUCCCCCCACACUCGACGCCGGGAAACACAUCGGAAACGGAGAUUGAGCAGAAGGCACAUGAAUUCGUAUCCCAUCUUCGCAAGAUUAGCCCCAGUGAUUUUACCAGGGCAAUUCCUAACCUUCAAACUCUUGAUAGCGUCUUAGAUCCUAGUACCCGUUCCAUAAGCUAUUUGUUUCUUCUACUUGCCCACCAUCAAGCGGCUCAAAGCUCAACGGCCCAAUCUUUUGCCGCUAUCGUGCGGCCUGGUGGAGGAUUAUGGUGCAAAAUUGCGGCGUUCUUACAGGUGUUUGAUACUGUUCAAGUGAGAUAUGCUGGGCAUGAAUUUAAUAAAUUGGUUGAACUUUUUGCAAAAGAGAGUGAAGUUGGGCUAAAGCCGCUCUCAGCCAUUACCUCAAUCCAACAAGCAAUGCUUCGAUUAGACCCUUCAGGUUCUACCUUCACAUCUAUCCACACAAUAUUUGUCCGCCUAUGCCUGCUUGCGCAAUGUUAUCUACCUGCCACACGGGUCCUGGACCGGAAUAUAUGCCACUUCCCAACAACCGCCGAUAAAACCUUUAUCAAAUGGUCUAAGGCUCUCCCAAGUCAUAGGCAGGUACCUAGUGUGUCUUACAUUACCGCCUCCUCGGGGCUACCUGGGCGAAUCACACACAGAACCUAUCUCGAAUACUUCCUGUAUGGAGCCAUGAUAUAUAUUGGCUUAAAGCAAUGGGAAAGAGCCCGCCACUUCUUGCAAAUUGUAAUAUCAGCGCCGGCUAAGUCGACUAUAAGCAUGGUCAUGGUGGAAGCAUACAAAAAAUGGGUUCUUGUUACGCUUUUGGAAAAGGGUAGUGUACCAUCCAUACCUCAUACCGUCAGUAUUUCAGUGGCGAAAAUAUACAGAGCAUUAGCGAAACAGUAUGAUGCGCUUGCAGUUAUUUUCAAAACUGGCUCAAUUGCAAGACUGAAAAGCGAAAUCAUCGCAGGAAAAGAGUUUUGGCGUAAGGAUAACAACACGGGUCUUGUUAUCCAAAUCCUCGAUGCUUGUCGACGUCAUUCUAUCCGUAAACUUGAGCAGACAUUUGUGGCGCUUCCUGUACCAGAUACGGCCCAACGACUUGGCCUAGAAAAUCGAAGUGAUCGAGAUGUUGAAUUACAUAUCGUAAAACUUCUUUCAACCGCCCAACUGAGUGCUCGUCUCUUUCAAUCUUCGAAUCCUGCAGACCCGACAAUACUCCGUUUUGACCACUUUUCUCCCGCAUUGAGGGGUGCGGCGGAAAGUAAGUUAUGGGACCAGCUACUCGAACAGAAGAAGCGGGUGGACCAGUUAGUGCAUGACAUAUAUGGAACUGAUAUCAAACUGGAGCUGGGCCGAGAUUAUAUUGAUGGAUUAAAGAAGGCCAAGUGGCGGAAGAAUGGCAGCGAAGCUGUCAUGAUGACAGGGGAGGGUAAUAACAGUAUGGCUGACUUUGAGGAGGAUAUUAUGGCCGAUUUGCAUUAG